GUUGUACUGAAGUUACCAUUAGCAACUGGGCAGCGCCCGGCGGAGCAGCUACAGCCGCUGUCGAUGUUGUCCUGGGAGAUUCAGUAGGUACAAUAAGCUCUUCUUGAUUUCCAGACACAGUAAGGACCGUGACAGACGAGUGAGCCGUAGGCUGUUGGGACGUUUGUGAGGCUGGCCAUGGUUAAUACGUAAGGUCGCAGUGAGUGGCACUGCCAUGUUGCCAGGAGUCGGUGUUUUUGGCACGGGGAGCACAGCCCGAGUGCUGGUCCCGUUGUUGAAAGCUGAAGGCUUUGAGGUUCACGCACUCUGGGGGCGAAGUGAAGAGGAAGCGUGCUGCUUGGCAAAGGAGCUUGGCAUCCCGUUUCACACCAGCCGAUCUGAUGACGUCCUGCUGCACCAAGAUGUCGACCUCGUCUGCAUCUAUAUUCCCCCCUCAAUGACGAGGCAGAUUGCUGUCAAAGCACUGGGUAUAGGUAAGAAUGUUUUGUGUGAGAAAGCUGCAACAGCUGUGGAUUCAUUCAAGAUGGUGACUGCAGCCAGAUACUACCCCCAGCUGCUCAGCAUUAUGGGUAACACCCUGCGCUUCCUGCCAGCUUUUGCUGCAAUGCGGCAGCUGCUGGUGGAGGGAUAUGUUGGCGAAAUGCAGGUGUGCGAUGUUCGAGUUUAUGGCCCCAGCCUCCUGGAUCAGUCGUACGGCUGGACAUGUGAGGAGCUGAUGGGAGGAGGCGGUCUGCACACUGUUGGCUCUGCCAUCAUUGACCUUUUAAGUUACCUAACCGGUGCACGAGCCCAUCGUGUUCAUGGCUUGCUGCGGACCUUUGUGCAACAAAAUGGUCUGAUCCGAGGCAUCCGCCGUGUCACCAGUGACGACUUUUGUUUCUUCCAAAUGUUGAUGGGUGGAGCUGGGUCGAGCUCUGGUGGCGUCUGUUGCACUGUGACCCUGAAUUUCAACAUGCCAGGGUCAUUUGUGCACGAGGUAAUGAUAGUUGGAUCCACUGGGAGACUGGUUGCCAGAGGGACAGAGCUGUAUGGUCAGCGCAAUGGGAGUAAAGGUGAGGAGCUGUUGCUAGGCGACAGUGGGUGGGUGGGACCAGAGGUGAAAGAAAUGCCCCUGCCUCACCUGCAGGGGCUGAGCUCCAUGGUGAAGGCACUGAGACAGUCUUUUCAGGCUCACGAGGAGCGCAGGUCGUGGGCACGAGGACCGGUUGCCAUGGCACCGACAUUUGAGGAUGGUCUGUAUGUGCAGACGGUGGUCGAGGCAGUGAAACGGUCCAGCUGUAGUGGAGAAUGGGAGUGUGUCGAGAUCAUGAGUCAAGAGCCUGAUCCGAACCACAACCUGUGUGAGGCCCUGCAGAGAAAUAAGAACUAAAUAUAUUUAUACACCCGGUGCAACUACUACAUGUGUCCGACAAAACUGGGCUCUGAAUGUGUUUCCUUUUAAAUCUGCUGCGGAGGCAGUUUACAUCACUAUGACUACUUUUUGCUUUUUCACAUUUUGAGGAGAAUAUUUUGGUUAAGGAAACAUUACUGUGUUGUGGAUGUUUGUACACUAAACUUGUUAACCACAGCUCCGUUAUUCUGAUUCUCAACAGAAAACAUUAUAGUUGCUCUAUAUUUAGUUUAAGUCGGUCAAAAUCUACCUUUGUCCCGUUGACACGUUUAUUACCUACACCAUACCAAAAAGACUUAUUCUCACUGAAGCUUGAAGUCAGGACUGUUUGCAAAUAAGGUUGAUAUACGUCACCACACCCACGUCAAAUAUUAGCAAAGUCAAAAAAGUAGUUUUCAGUGGAUGUCUGACCAUUGUCUUUAUUCUCACCUGUAGAAGCUUAUCCGGAUACAUUUUCUGUAUUUUAAGAAAAAUACAGGUUGUUGUAUUUUACUGAUAACCAGAGUUAGAUCAAUCAUCGUUGUGAUGGAACAAGAGCACAGCUCUUCUUGAGGUAUGCCAGAGCAUUUUAAAUAUUUAUCUAUUUUUUUAUUUUUUUUUUGAAGAUUCAGGCCAUCAGUGGUUAAGGUAAUAGAUCAAUAAAUUGUUGACAAGGUAUCAACACUAUCAAAACAAAAUGCAUAAUUUAUGUAUCGUAAAUGAUCACUUAUCACUGUAAGUGUACAGUCUAACUGAGAAAACCUUUUAAUCUCUGUUGUACAUAACAUUUAGAUGUUGAUGAUGUUAAUUUAUUCCCAACCCCAAUAGCACCUUAAUCUGAAAGAAAGUGUUUACCUCGGACAUGAAUGUGAAUAUCAAAGCACGAGGAUGAUUUGACUAACAAAAUACUUUGACUUACAGUGUGGUGACUGGCAGAAACGAUGGUUCAUUGAAGCCCAACCUCUGUUUCAGAAUGAGAAUAAUGGAGCUGUGCAGAGUUUAGUUUUGGUUUUUAAGUGUUGGAAUGUGUAAUAAUAAGCAUACAUUUAAAAAGUGGAAGAAAUUGC